AUGGCACUUCUCAACUCGGAUCUACGUGGACUGUCGCUUAUCUCUCAGGGAAAGGUCCGCGACAUUUAUUCAACGUCGUCGACAAACCAUCUCCUCUUCGUCGCAACAGAUAGGAUAUCCGCCUACGAUGUCAUCCUCCAUAAGGGCAUCCCAGAGAAAGGCAAACUCCUUACCAAUAUCUCACUCUUUUGGUUUAAAAAACUCGCCCAUAUCAUCCCAAACCACUUUGUAACUGCCGAUAUUGACGAGAUGCCCGAAGAGGUCCGUCAAUAUAAGGACCAACUCGACGGAAGGGCGAUGCUAGUCAAAAAAGCUGAAGUUAUUCCACUAGAGGCAAUCGUCAGAGGAUACCUUGCCGGCUCUGCGUGGUCAGAAUACAAGAAAUCCGGAACCGUACAUGGAAUUCCUCUUCCGGAGGGCCUUGUCGAAGGCCAAAAGCUGCCUCAGCCUCUUUUUACUCCUUCGACGAAAGCCGAGCAAGGCAGUCAUGACGAGAACAUCUCUCCCGAGCAAGCUGCAAACCUAAUUGGACAGGAACUGUACGAUAAGGUAUCUGAAGCGUCGCUAAAGCUCUACACAACUGCAGCAGAUUAUGCCUAUUCUCGAGGCGUUAUCUUGGCAGACACAAAAUUCGAAUUUGGGCUUGUACCGUCCUCGACGGGAACAUCCAAAACACUCAUCCUGAUCGACGAACUUUUGACACCAGACUCUUCUCGCUACUGGCCAUUGUCAGGGUAUACCCCGGGAGGGGCACAGCCCAGCUUUGACAAGCAAUACUUGCGAGACUGGUUGGUGAGCACAGGGUUCAAGAAAGGAUUGGAGAGUGGACCGGAGGGCAAGGAAGGUCAAGGAUGGAUUAUUGAAGAGAGCGUGGUCAACGGGACACGAGAGCGAUAUAAAGAGGCAGUUGAUCUAUUGACAAAAGAGUGA